AAAACCUGACUAGUAGAAUCAAGAAGACCAGUUUUGUCUGGUAUUUCUACGCUUGAAAAGAGAACUGGGUUCGAAUUCACUCCACAACAACAUUGAAACUAUCCAGACGGUCUCCACAGUAUCCGAGUUACCUAUUACGGUAACUUACACCAAUUUCUUGGCUCAGCCGCCAGCAACGUUCAACUUCCCAGCAUAGUAUUUACUUAGUUGGUAGUAGGUACUUAAUCGACCAAGAUGCUCACUCAUGGCUCACCCGCGGCACUCCUGCCAUCCACCCUUCUCCCCAUCCUCCUUCUCUUCUCAGGAUCUUCCCUCGCCGUGAACUCGGCACUGCCGGACCGAUCCCCAUGCAUCCACCUAAGCGCUGUCAAGCUCUCCGAGGGGGCCGCUUGUGGUGACAAAGGUUCCCUUGAAUACUGCUUCCUCAACGCACCGCGGUACCUUGAGACCAGCGAUCUCGAGCGAUGCUUCCGAAACGCUGGCUGCACUACGCCAGAGGCUGGCAUCGAGGCCCGCUUCAUCCUGAAUAAGUGUGACAACGAGAAGUCUAUCGCAGAGCUUAGACGGCGUGCGCCUGAGCCUUUCCCAGAACCCCAAGAUGCCACCACUACGGCCGCAACCACCACCGCGGCAACCACUGCGGCGACAACCACCGCCGAGACAACUACCGCCGAGACUACCACCGCCGAAACCACAACUGCCGCGGCCACCACCACUGCUGCAACAACCACCGCCGCAAGCACUACUGCCACAAGCACAACCGGCACCAGCACCGCCACAAGUACCACAGGCACCACCACCGGCAGCAGCUCGAAGUCCAGCCUGCAAUGCAGCACGACCUCCUCCAUCACGACCUCCUCCUGCCCGGUCCAAUCCACUGGCACCGCCUCGGGCGUAACCCUCUCGUGCUUCGAGACCGUCGUGCCCACCUUAGUCUGCGCGGACGAGAACAUCUGCUCCGAGGACGACAAUGGCAACGCCGUGUGCAUGGUGCGGCGCGACACCCUCGACACCAUCGAGAUCGUCGUUACCGUCUUCCUCGGCGUCUGCCUUGCCCUCGGCAUCGCCGUCUUCAUCUACUUCUGCUGCCGCGACAAGCGCGCCAUCCGCAAGCGCCAGGCCAAGAUCGAGGCCGCGAAUAUCGCCAAGACAGCCGCCGCCGCCGCUGCUGCGCCUGCGGUUAAGAGGGAUGUUGCUGUUACGCAUCCGCAGAGUGGGGGCCAGGCGGCUUAUUAUCAGGGUGAUAUCCACAGGAGCGAGAGCAAUAGCAGUACCCUGGCUGGAGCGGCAAAUGAGCCCGUCUCGUAUAGCCAGUACCCCCAGCAGGGCGCAGCGGCAGGCGGGCACGCGGGGUACGGCAGUAAUAACCCGUUCUCUGAUGGACAGAGGUUUUAAGUCUACCUAGGUUAGGUCUCUAGGUAUACAAAGAAGUUGAAGAAGGGGGGGUAAUGCGCGAUGAAAUCGGUGGAACGGAACGAAUGAAUUCGAUGUCUGACAUUCUUACGCGAUAUUAGGGUUAUUACACUGUCUAAGGAAUGAAGGAAGGAAAGGAGAGAGGGAGAAUGAAUCUCAGGGAUAGGUACCUAUCUAUCUAAUUGCAUGGCAUUGGGGGUCUACGUUGCUGCGAGGAAAGGGAUCUGAUUAUACCCCCUACAUAAGAUGAGCUAGCUAGAGCUCCACGUCUUUAUUACGAUGGAUGUGUUGAGUUAAUAUCCAUGAAAUGAUACAAUGAAAAAGCUGCUUUGAAGCACUUGGGAUGGCCCACCUCUAACCUCUAGGGCUGACUAUGCAUUUCUAGUAGGUGUGGAUGACUAUGCUCUUAGGUAUUGCUUGAGAACCUGAAGGACUAGGAAAAUGAACAGGCAAGGAUAGUGACAAUAGGAGGGAUAGCUAGCUGGCUUGCUCGUCUAUUUGGCAAAGGUGCCUUGUGUACCUAAUCAAUGCUAAUUAAUAUACCUAUGGCACG